AUCAGAAUAAUAAUUAAAAAAAGAAAUCUAGACCAAUUCUCAUAUCAUCAUCUCAAUUUGACUCUAUGUACUAACUCCACCAAAUGAGUAUUUAACUAUAGUUGUAAAUUGUAAUGAUAAGUCUAAGUUAUAAGCAAAGCGCGUUCUUCUCGUUUUCAAUAGCACAGUCUUGACUAUAGUGAAAUAAUAUACGAGGAAAAUGAUGUCAACUUGCCCUGUAAAAUAAAAAUUAAAAAAAAGAAGAUGAUAGACCUAUUUAUUCUGUCUCUAUGCAUACAAGACUUUCAUUCUCAUAUAUGAGUUGGGUUUAGGUGUCAUUGCUUCUGUCUCAUCCAUCCUCUUCACAAGACAUUCCUCAUUUCCUAUAAAUUGUCUAUCCACAGACAGAAUCAGAGAGGUAGAAGGACCUGGGCAUGGCUUUGGGUAUUUUUGUUACCCUUCUGAUGAAAGCUGGUGAGUACUUGGUGGAACCGGUUGGUCAGCAGCUGCGUUAUCUCUUCUGUUACUACAAAAAUGUGGAGAAUUUCCACAAGGAAGUUGAAAAGCUUGGCGAUAUGAGGGAUAGCAUGCAGCAAUGUGUUGAGGCAGCCAAAAGAAAUGGAGAAGAAAUUAGAAUCGAUAUCCAGAAAUGGUUAACAAACGUGGAUGGAGUUUUGGCAGAGGUGGAAGGAUUGGGCCAUGAGCUCAAUUCGAAGAAAAGGUGUUUCAAUGGAUUGUGUCCUGAUUGGAGCUCGCAGUAUAAGUUCAGUAAGGAAGCAAUCAAGAAAACAGCAAUCGUUACAGAGCUUCAAGGUGACAUGAAGUUUGGAAAUGUAUCGGUCCCUGUACCUCCACCGAGUACAGAAUUCAUUUUAAGCAAUGAUUUGGUGACCUUUCAAUCCACUGAAUCAACUAUUGAUCAGAUCAUGGAGGCAUUGCAAGAUGACAGGUGUGAUAUAGUUGGGGUUUAUGGAAUGGGAGGGAUAGGCAAAACAACUUUAGUGAAAGAAGUCAGUAAAAGAGCUAAAGAUCUAAACCUCUUUGAUCAGGUUUUGAUGGCUAUUGUCUCUCAAACACCAGAUUUGAGAAAGAUACAAGGGCAGCUUGCAGACUUGUUAGGUCUAAAGUUUUCAGAGGAGACUGAAAUUGGAAGAGCAGGUCGACUGUAUGAAAGACUGAAGAAAGAAAAAGGGGUUCUUAUAAUACUAGAUGACAUUUGGUCGAGUAUUAACCUUGCAGAGGUAGGAAUUCCCCGAGGUAAGGAGCACAAGGGCUGUAAGAUUAUACUCACUACCCGACAAGGACAUGUUUGCAAUACUGCUAUGGGGGACCAUAUGGAGAAGGUUCCGGUUAGGCUGUUGUCUACAGAGGAAUCAUGGGAUUUGUUCAGAAAGUAUGUAGGAGGAGCAGUGAACAAUGCUCCCACAUUGAUUUGUGUGGCCAUGGAGGUUGCUAGAGAAUGCCAAGGUCUGCCCUUGGCACUUGUGACUGUUGCACAAGCAUUACGAGAUAGAAACAUAGAGGAGUGGAGAGCAGCACUCCAACAACUCAAAAAGUCUAAAUCCGUCAGUAUUGAUGACACAGAAGAAAGUGUUUUUUCCUGUCUAAGAUUGAGCUAUGAGUAUCUAAGAAGCGAUGAAAUGAAGUUACGCUUUUUGUUAUGCUGUUUAUUUCCCGAGGAUCACAAUAUUCAAAUUGAAGACCUGGCUACGUACAGCAUGGGAAAACGGUGUUUGAGGGAUGUGGAUACAAUGGAAGAAGCAAGAAGGAAAACCCAUGAAAUAAUCAUGCACCUUAAAGCUUCUUGUUUGUUGCUAGACAGCGAUAAGGAAGGCUGCGUCAAAAUGCACGAUAUGCUUCGUGAUCUUGCCAUCUCAAUUGCAUCUGCGGAGAACAAUGCAUUCUUGGUAAGAGCUGGUGUUGGUUUGAAGGAGUGGCCAACAAAGGAGACUUUUGACGAAUACAUGUGCAUAUCCCUGAUGACUAACAAUAUAAAGAAGCUUCCUCAAGGAUUGAAGUUCCCCAAACUCCAAAUUUUGUUAAUGGGCGAGAACGAGGGGUUUGAGGAGUUACCAGAUGCUUGGUUAAGGGGAAUGACAACACUUUGAGUGUUGGAUCUGAGUGAAAGGGUAGGUUUUCGCUCAUUGCUUCCAAGCAGCAAUUCCAUUUCAAGCAGCUCAGUGCUUCCAAGGUUAUUGACACGACCUUCCUCAUUACUUCCAGGUCAUGAUUCCAUUUCAAGCAGUUCAUUGCUUCCAAGGGUCUUGACACUACCUCCCUCACUCCAAUUGUUGGUACACCUCCGAACCUUGAACUUGGACCGUUGCAAGUUAGGCAACAUAUCUGUACUGGGAAAACUUAAAAAGCUUGAAAUUCUAAGCUUCUAUGGUUCUGAUAUCAAAAUUUUGCCAAGGGAAAUAGGGGAACUCAGUAAUCUGAAGCUGCUUGAUCUCUCUUUCUGUCAGUAUCUUCAAACGAUUCCACCAAAUGUGAUCUCGCGUCUGUCACAACUAGAAGAACUGUAUAUGGGAGGCAGCUUUCAUCGGUGGGCCAUUGAAGGAACAAAAGAAGAAAGAACCAAUGCUUGCCUAUCUGAAUUGAUACCGUUGCUCCGAUUAACCAUUUUAUGUGUUGAGCUAGAAAACAUAGCAUGUUUUCCCAAAGGCCUUCUCCUUCAUAAAUUACUCAAGUUUGAGGUAACAAUUGGCCACGAUUCAAUUAAAUGUUAUCCAAACUCAAAAAGAUUGUGCCUCAGAGAGAUUAAAACCCCAAUACCAAAUGAGGUCAAGAACCAGUUUCAGUCAAUUGAAGAGCUGACAUUGUUUUGUUUGGAGGAAAUUAAUAUUAUCCCAGACCUUGAUAUAUGGGGUUUAAAUAGCUUGAAAUAUCUCACGGUAAUCUCUUGCGAAAGCAUGUUCUCACUUGUAAAUACAAACGAAUGCAGUCCACCAGUUAUAUUUGCAGCGUUGGAGGAACUGCACCUUCGGAAUUUGGAUAACCUGGAUGUUAUAUGUCGUGGCUCACUUCCAACUGCUUCGCUUCAGAAACUAUGAAUUCUCAAGGUUGAAAGAUGUUGUAAAUUUGUCCCUUUUAUUCUUACUUCCGAGGUGCUUGAUAUGUUACGAAGUCUUGAAGGAGUCACAAUAGCAAGGUGUGAAAAGGUGAUGAAGAUAUUUUGGCUUCCAAUGGGCGAGGAAGAACACAUGCCACUCUCUACUCUUAAAAAGUUGCGUUUAGAAGCUUUGCCUUCGUUGUUUUCCAUAUGGAAUUCUUCCAAGUCGCUCGUAAGACUACAAAACCUAACAGUUGUAGAAAUUAGAGAUUGCAGAUUUAUAAAAUUUAUCUUCCCUCAUUCCAUUGCUCAAAGUCUACAACGACUCGAAAUUCCCAAGAUAAAAGGGUGCCAAUUUUUGAAAAGAAUUGUUCAAGGUGAUCAAACCGACCAUACUCAAGCUGUUGGUUUCCCAAACCUCAAAGUUCUUCAAGUGGAAGAUUGCACGGAUUUGACAAGUCUAUUCUCAGUGACUACUGCACAGAGUCUUCGGCAGCUAAAAGAACUAACGAUAGUCAAAUGCGAACAGUUAGUGGAGAUCAUAAGCCAUAUAAAGGAAGGCGAAGAAGAAGAAGAAGAAAAUGAUGAGGACAUUUUGUUGCCAAAAGUGCGUAGCUUCGAAGUCAGAGAUUUGUCAAGCCUUAAAAGGCUUUGUUCGGAGAAUUUUUGUGUUAAUCUACCGGCCUUGAAAGAGUUGGUUGUGGACCGGUGUCCAAUGAUGGGGAUGUUAGCUGCUGAUGCCGCUGCUUAUGGACUGCAGAGUGCAUCCAAAACGAUGAAAAUACAAGUAGAUGGGCAGACGCUGAGUGCCACAGCCGUCCAGAAAAUCUUUAGUGGAAAGG